GCGGCCUCUGUAGCAGAGGAGAGUGAGGUCGUGACAACUUUAUCGGUCAUUUUAGGGAUUUCUAGGGAAUUAAUUGCUCAGUUUGCCACUAGACAUGAAGAUGCAACCGUAUUUCUACUCAAAGUCAAGCAGAUGUUUGAUGAAUACUCUUCUAAAGAGGAAAAAAUUCGCUCGGACAUGGCUACCCUUCGACGGGCACGUGUAGACGCAGAGCAACAGUUCAACCAAAUAGAGAAGCAGCUAAUCUCCUGCAAUGCCAAACUGGAAUCAGAGCAAAAACAGCAUGAAAGACUUCAAAAGGAACAUGAAGAAACUGUGGCUUCCCUUGCAGAAAAGCAGAAAAGACUUCAAGAAGUAGAGAGUAUCAAGGAAGAUGCAUCAGCUAAUUAUACACGUGUGUCACGACUCAAUGAACAACUUGAAUCAGAAAAACUAGAGCUCUUGUCAGUUGUAGAGCGCAAAAACCAGGAGAUUGACAGAUUGAAUGAGGAGUGGAAAAGCAUGUCAGAAAAACUGUCUGAAGCCAAUGCUGUCAAGUGUGCAGCUCAGGCCAAACUUGAUCAAAUUCAAAGUCAGGAAACUUCUUUCAAGUUCCGUGAAAAGAGAAUUGAACAAGAAAGGGAUCUUAUUGAACGACAGAAUAAAUGGCUGAAUGAAGAACUCAAGAACAAAACUGAUGAAUUGGUACAAAUUCGGAAAGAAAAGUCAUCCCAAGUAUUGGAACUUCAAACACUGUUGGAUCAGAGAACUGAAGAGCUUUCUCAUCUUAAAGCUUCAUCAGAGACAUUAAAGGAACAGAGUAAUGAGACAAACAGCAAAGUUGUAAGCUACAUGCAGCAGCUACAAGCGGCUCGUGAGCAGUUGAUUAAGCAGGACGACCACUUCAAAACAGAACUAGCUUCACAGUCAAAGCUGGCAGUACUUUAUAAGGAUAGUGCAGAUGAAGCAAAGAAGAAAAGUGAAGAACUUCUAACAGCAUUUGAAGAACUUCAAAAGCUACUAAAAGAAUCUAAUGAAAGUCGACUCGAACUUGAUAGCAGAUUCAAGGAACAGGAGAAUUCCCAUUUGGAGAAAGUUAAAGAACUUGAGGAAAAGAUCAACAAACUAGACAAGGAGCUUGAGAAUGCCAAUGAUUUAUUAGCAGCUGCAAGACAAAGAGGUACAGCACCUUUAACUCCGGUAGAGCUGAGCACACUUUCACCAACUGCUGCAGCAACAAGUUCGUUUAUGAAGUCUGGAAUGACUCUUACCCAGAUUUAUAGUCAAUAUGUGGAAGUCUCUGAUACAUUGCAGCAAGAAAAAGAUGAGAAUAUCAGACUAAAACAGUACCUGGAUCAGAUACUGAAGGAAAUUGAGGAGAAGGCACCAGUGCUUCAACAACAGAGAAGAGAUUAUGAGCAGGCAUUAAACAGUGUGGAUCAACUGUCAAGGAGACUGGAUUCAGCUCUUGUGCUGAGGUCACCAGCUCAUCACAAGUCAUCUCUGAACACCUUGUUACUUUCAGGAGUAUAGAGGAACUUCAACAGCAAAAUCAGAAACUUCUGGGAGUUAUCAGGGAAUUAAGUGAAGAGAAAGAAAAGAAGGAAGGGGAAGACAUUAUGAAGGGGUUACAGAAUCAAUUGGACAUGUCAUUGAAGGAAGUUGAAGUUCUUAAGGAAUCAAGAGAGAGGCAAAUGAAUAUGGUUGAGGCUGUGAUCAGGCAACGUGACAUGUACCGUGUUCUGUUAGCCAAUAGUGGACAAACUCCAAUCCCUACAGGAGACCUUGACCCAUCUGUUUUGGUAUCUUCUCCAUUACUCAAGACCCCUGAUAAAUCAAGUGCAGAACUAGAGGAAACUAAAGUAGCUCUAAAAGAACUACAGAGACACUUUGAAACUUACAAAAGUGAGAGAAUGCAAGCUGAGGAGAAAUCGAAUGAGCUGCGAGAUAAAUUGCAAGCUGAGAAUCUUGAGUUAAAUGGAAGUAAUGCCAGAUUGAAGUCUCAGCUGGAGUUUGCUGAGGAACGUUAUGGAAUGCUAAAGUCAAACUCUGAGGCUUUCAAGAAAGAAGCAUCAGCUGCGUCUGAGAAGUCUCAUAGCUUGCAGACGGCACUCAGCAAGUUGCAAGCCACUCUUGACAGUGUGUCACAGGAACUGACAAACACUAAAGAAAAGUUAAAUAAACUUGAGGUCACUUGUGAAAAUCUGAAAGCAGAGAAAGCCAUGAUGAAGGAGUCAGAAGUUCGUCUAAUGCAGGAAAACAAAAGCUUGUUGGAACAUCAGAAAUCACAAAAUGUUCUGGUCACAAAUCUACAGACUCUUCAGAAUAACUUAGAGAGGUCUGAGUUUGAGGCAAGAACAAGACUUGGUUCUCAAGUUGAGACCUUACAGCGUGAAGUAAAUCUACUGAAGAGGAAGCUGGAAUCUGAAGACAAGCAUCACAAGAGUGUCAUUGAUACCUGGCAGAACCGUGUUCAAGAACUACAAUCACAACUGAAUGCAGAGAUAAAAACUCACCAGCAAGCAAGGGAACAGCUGCUAACUUCAACCAGGGAUGUUGACUCAGUGCAGCUCAGAUGUACUCAAGCUGAAGCCCAACUGCAAGCUGCUGAAAGACGAAUAGCUGACAUUUUAGGAAAAGAUACGAGUUCUCUCCAAGAAGCCGAUGAAGAGAGGAUCAGAAAAGAAGUUGAAGAACAGUACACCAUCAAGAUUCAGGAAUUUGAGUUGAAAUUAAGCACUGCAGAGGUGAAAAUGAAAGGUGAGCUCUGA